AGAGAACAAAGAUUUUGUAAAUAGUUUUGUCGACAACAUCAUUGCACGAUGCUUUCUGCAUUACUCGGAUUUGUACUAGUCGUGAAAGCAGCAACAUUAUCCUGGAAAGACUCGUAUGAUAAGAAGACCUGUGGUUUACCUAUGGACGGCGCUGAAGUGUCUUCCUUCGGCAGUCAAUCAGCAAGUACAAAGACAAUAAGAAGCGGCUCGGUUGCAAGAGGGGAAUUACCAUGGUCUGUCUUUCUUGAUCUGACUAAAUGGGGCAACUUUUGCGAGGGAACACUUAUUUCAAGAAGACAUGUGCUGACAGCUGCUCAUUGUUUCAAUCGAGAAGAAAACAGUUACAACUGCAGUAUGCCGAUAAGCGCACCUUCAGUUGACGUCUUAGAUUUUGCUAAAGCUUAUGUUGGAGGACGCUGCAAACACUUUGACAGAGACUACUGCGGAGAAGACGAACUUGGCGAAAAAAUUGGCAUAGCUAGGGUAUACUUCGACGAAUUCUUUACAAGCGAAUGUCAUGGUGAAAACGACCUCGCUCUGAUAGAACUACAAAAGGAUGUGCCUGCAAAAUACCAUCAUAUUUGCCUUCCGUUCCUACACAAGGAUAAAAAGGCGUUUAAAGAUCCUAAUUUGAGGAUGGCCUCCUAUGGAUAUUCAGAUCCAAAUAACGAUGACGUGGAAAUGAAUAACAAACUGGUUGCAUAUAUACAAAAGAUAGAUUUGGGAAAGAAGAUUUCGGAAAAGCAAUGCAAAAGCUUGAGUCAGCACAAACCAGAAGGCACAUUCUGCACUUACGGAGUGAAUGGUUUGAACUAUUGCCGCACUGAUAGUGGAGGUGGUGUUACAACUACAAUAAACGGUAAAACAUUUCUAAUGGGUGUGAUCUCUUUUGGAGAAUGGUGCAAGAAUAUGAAGAAAAGAAAAGGACCUAAAGUGCAAAUUCACACCGACAUCAUGUACCACUCAAAACUCGUUGACGUCUUCGUGCGUGACGGGAAUAGAAUUUUAUGUCGUGAUUGAAGAAACCUUUACAUGUAACAUGGAUUUUUGAACUACGUUUGUGUCAAAGGUUAAUGGUUGUAAAAAAAAAGGUUCUUGUAAACUCGCAUCUUGGCCUAGUAUUUACGUGGUCGUUCAAACUUCGUUGGCACAUAUAAUAAAGUUGUUAACAUAAAAACUGAACUACUCAAUGA